AUGGACGAAAAGAAAACUUUAAGAAAAAAACGACGAGACGAAGCACGGGCGGGGAAAUACGGCCUCUUAAGUAAACGAGCAAGCGAAGGAGUCAGUGGGGGGAGGAGGGAGAGCGAACCCGAGAGAGACAACCUGACAACGUGUGUCGGCAACAGACGCCAGUCGACCCUGAAGGAGCAGCUGGCUGGCUGGGACCUCGGACUGGGUGCAGGGGUGGGCGUGUGA